AUGCGCUCGAUCUCAAGGGUGGCGUUGCGCCCUUACGUUUGCCCAUCUUGCCGGCAUGGCAUUGGUGCUAGCCGACGGCAAUUCGGCACACAACCACAUCAAAACCCCGACAUCUACGACGUAGUCUGUGUCGGGGGUGGACCGGCUGGUCUGGGGUUGUUGGCUGCACUUCGAGCUUCACCUAUCACAUCAAAGCUCAAAGUCGCCCUCGUUGAAAGUCAGGACCUCGCCAAGGCUCGCGGAUGGAGCCUCGACUCCAGUCAGUUCUCCAACCGAGUCAGCAGCUUGACCCCAUCUUCGGUCGCAUUCCUAAAGAAGAUCGGUGCUUGGGAGCAUCUGGAUACGGACAGGGUGCAGGAUUACCAGGAGAUGCAAGUGUGGGAUGGUGAAACCGGGUCGCGAAUAUCCUUUGACUGGUCUUCGGAAACACCUGCGUUUGAGGAUUUGCAGACCGUUGCUACCAUGACCGAGAAUUCCAACCUUGUGCGCGGGCUGUUGGGACGUAUUGAAGCUUCGGGGGAUGAAAAUCUGACCCUGUUUUCUAACCACACGGUUGCCUCCAUCGAGAAUGGAUCUGAUCUUCAGUCGUCCGAAGGACCAGAUCUAUCAGCUUGGCCCAUUCUUUCCGUGAAGCCGACAGGCCCCGAUGCUGAGAAGCUCGCUCCAACACGGAUUGCCGCCCGACUUCUUGUUGGCGCUGAUGGUAUCAACAGUCCUGUGCGGUCGUUCGCCGAUAUCCCCACACAGGGCUGGGACUACAACCGCCAUGGUAUCGUGGCAACCCUCGCACUCGCAGAUCUUGACCCAUCCACAUUAAGCAACGUUCGUACAGCCUAUCAGCGCUUCCUACCUGCACUUGGCGGACCUAUUGCAUUGCUCCCCCUCCCUAACAAUAAUGCAACUUUGGUUUGGUCUACACGGCCUGAGCAUGCCGCAUACCUCAAGUCUCUUCCCACUCCGGCUUUUCUUGCCAUGGUCAACGCAGCUUUCAGCCUCUCUAUGACUGACCUUUCCUAUAUGAUGGGAAUUACGCACUCAUCAUCUGAACAAACAUCACACGAGGACGAGCUCAACUGGCGCCUCAAGCAUACCCCACAACCAUCUCACAUCCCACCUAAAGCUAUCGGAGUGCAAGAAGGAACUGUUGCCUCAUUCCCUCUCCGCUUCCGCCACGCGGCUCAGUACAUCUCUCCUCGCGUUGCCCUUGUCGGCGACGCAGCCCAUGUCAUUCACCCGCUUGCUGGUCAAGGCCUGAAUCUCGGGUUGGCAGAUGUCGCCGCUUUAUCGCGGACCAUCGAGUAUGCUGUGAGCCAUGGAAUGGAUAUCGGUGAUCUCCUUACGCUAGAGCGAUACUCGUCAGAGAGAUACCUGCCUAAUGCUAAGAUUGGCGGUGCGUGCGAUUUGCUGCAUAAGAUGUAUUCUGUUACUGGGCAGGGACCUAUUACCUGGGCCCGCAGUCUGGGACUGGAGGUUAUCGAUCGAUUGCCAUUCGUUAAAUCCUUCCUGAUGAAAAAUGCGGAGGGUUAUUAA